AAUUGUGUGGUGCAGUUUUAUCAUUAAAUGAUUAUUCGCCAUCAAAAUUUACCAGUUGCUUUAUGAGAAUUCUAAAUGCGUAGAUGUUUGAGUUGUUACUGCAUGCUGAGUAUUAUGAUCCAUUGACUUCGACCUGAGGUGAGACAAAAUCAACAUGCACUUAACACCAGUACUUCAAAAUGAAUAUAAUAACUAGCUAUGAAAAUAGUUAUUCGUUGAACUGAGAUUAUAAGCACACUAUUCAUUACCUCAACCAUUUAUUUUAGAAUUUGAUUGUAUCAUAUGCAUGCCUGCUGCUUGUUUUCCCACAUUUUAAGAAAAUCUUCCACAUUUGGGUACUUAGAAGUGAAGUGUGUAGAUAAAAUUAGAGAAAAAAUGUGAAAUGCAUUAACAGGUAUUCUUAGUGCUGUAACUGCAGUUUUCUCUUCAGCCACUAAGGGAUGGUAUGAGUCUGAGAAGGGAGUGACUACAUAGCAGUCUUAUUUGUCCUUCAGUGCACAAACACAACUGGGAAGGAAAGAAGGAAAGAAAAGACCAAUUUGAGGUAUAGAGGUUCUGAUCUACACGACUGCACUGAUCCUUAGUACAAUAAUUAAUUGACUGUUGUGUUGUGAGAUAAAUCAGUGGAUACUUUCUUGUCAUGGAAAAUAGGAACUGGGAUCCUGACUGAAAGAAAAGUGAUGAGUGCUGCUGAAUUACGAGGUGGACAGCUGCAGUUUGAGCUUCUGUUGAGGGAAAUUGCUAUAAGCCGUCAGUCAUCCUUUUGUUAAUAGGCAACCCAUGACACACACACAGCACAUGGGCAUCAGAUAUACAGGAAGGCUAUGGGCAACAGUUUCUCUUUGUGUUUAUUUUGAUUUGUUUUGGAGGAGACGUUGAACAGUUUGAUACAGCAAGUAAUCUGCAGGGUGCAGUAACUGCAAGGUUAACUCAGCUUGUGUUAAUCUUGCUACAGCAGUUCUUUCACAAGCGGAGCAAGCAAAUCUGACGUGCUACAUUUAAUGUCUUUAUGGAUUUCAGCAACAUGAUCUCUUCACUUCAUAUGAUUCUGCACUUCCAAGUUUUCCUGUCCAAAACAGUGUACUGCAACUUCCCGAUAAAAAAAUGAAGAUGCUUUCAUAUUUGCUGUGAAGAUUUCUUGGAAAAAAAUUUGGAUUUUUCUGUCCCAUGAUGCUGGUGUCUCUUAUGAAGCAAAACUGACUACUAUAGCAAGGGAUGGUACUGAGGGAUUACUUCCUGUUUUGUAAUGGAUGGCUUUUGCUGGUUGACACAGACCUUGAGAGAAGCUAAUAAAGUCACUUGUGGGACUCAGUGGAGAUUAAAAAUAUCAAGAAUUUUUUUUUUCAUUUUCUAUAACAAGUAAUAUUUAUCAACAUAGGAGGCAGUCAUUUUUGUAUGACACUGUUUUUAACCUUUGAAAGACUCUGUGGCUUCAAGAACAGAAUGGCAGCCUAAAGACGACACCACAUUGUUAUUAAAGAAAUAAUCACAAAUUCAAAAACAAAAUAUAUAUUAUCUUCCAAAAGAACUUUUCUAUUAACUGUUGUGGCUGUUAAUUUUUUGAUAAUGCUUCUGGUUUCUUGAAAUGGGCAGUAAUGGAGUUUACAGUAAGGAAACAUUUAUACCUCAAGUGCUUACUUACAUUUGCAAUUAAAAUAUUCUAGCUAAAACUGUUAAUAUUGACUAAAAAGUAUAAAGUUUACAAAAAAAAAAAAAAGAUAAAAUCUUUCAAGAUGGAGGCUGCAAUGGCCAGUGCAGAAAGUUCUGGGUGCACCAGUCACUUACCAUAUAGUUAUGCUCAGGCCCGUGCUGCGGCUCGGGAGAGAGAACGAGAGCGUAUUGCGCAUACUCGUGCUGCUGCUGAAGCUGCUUCUGGAGGUACCAGUGGUGGAUCUCAUCAACAGUCUCAAGGUCGUGGUACAUCUCAGAGUAGUGGCAAUGGCAGUGGUAACAAUACGCGAACCAGUACUUCCCAUCAGCAUGAGUCUCAGCAACCAAAAGGGAAGAAACAGCGCCGCUUAGAAAAAUACAAGAACCGUCAAGGCAAUGGAAGUGGCACUUGUCCUCUUGAACUAGCAGCUGCAGGGCUUGUGGAUUAUUCAAUUCAAGAGAGAUCAGAUGAGGGGGAAGAGGAAAAGAAAUCAUUUUACAUCUGUAAUAUGGAAGAUGAAGUUGUUUCCAUUACUGGUAGAUCACCUCAUGACUGUUAUGAUUCUGUAUACAGUGACUAUGAAUGUUAUGAAAGAGUUGUUAUUAAUGUUUCUGGUUUAAAAUUUGAGACACAGCUUAAAACCUUAAGCCAGUUUCCAGAAACUUUACUUGGCAAUCCAGAAAAGAGGAUACGAUAUUUUGAUCCCCUGCGAAAUGAAUACUUCUUUGACAGAAACCGUCCAAGUUUUGAUGCAAUACUGUAUUAUUAUCAGUCUGGAGGGAGGCUUAAGAGACCUGUUAAUGUACCCUUUGACAUUUUCUCUGAGGAAGUAAAGUUUUAUGAACUUGGAGAAGAAGCCCUGCUAAAAUUUAGAGAAGAUGAGGGAUUUGUUAAAGAAGAGGAAAAACCAUUACCUGAAAAUGAAUUUAAACGUCAAGUAUGGCUUUUAUUUGAAUAUCCAGAAAGUUCAAGUCCUGCCAGAGGGAUUGCAAUAGUAUCUGUAUUAGUUAUAUUAAUUUCAAUUGUUAUAUUUUGCUUAGAAACUCUACCAGAGUUUAGGGAUGAGAAGGACUUCCAAAUUAUAGGAGGAAAAGGGAUAAUUAACCAGACACUGUCCUUUGAAAGUGGGCAUACUGCUUUUAAUGAUCCAUUUUUUAUUGUUGAGAGUGUUUGCAUUGUAUGGUUCUCAUUUGAAUUUAUGGUUCGCUUUUUUGCAUGCCCUAGCAAAGCAGUCUUCUUUAAAAAUAUAAUGAACAUCAUUGAUAUUGUAUCAAUUAUGCCUUAUUUUAUAACUCUUGGUACAGACCUUGCCCAGGAACAGGGCAAUGGCCAACAAGCUAUGUCUUUUGCCAUUCUAAGGACAAUUCGACUUGUCAGAGUGUUUCGCAUUUUUAAGUUGUCCAGACACUCAAAAGGUUUGCAGAUCCUUGGACAUACUCUCAGGGCAAGCAUGAGAGAGCUGGGGCUGCUCAUUUUCUUUCUGUUUAUCGGAGUAAUUUUGUUUUCUAGUGCUGUUUAUUUUGCUGAAGCAGAUGAACCUACAAGUCACUUUCAGAGCAUACCAGAUGCUUUCUGGUGGGCUGUAGUCACUAUGACCACUGUUGGCUAUGGUGACAUGAAGCCCAUAACAGUUGGUGGGAAAAUUGUGGGUUCAUUAUGUGCAAUUGCUGGGGUAUUAACAAUUGCAUUACCAGUACCUGUAAUUGUCUCAAACUUCAAUUACUUUUAUCACAGAGAAACUGAAAAUGAAGAACAGUCCCAACUUGCACAAGAGGCUAUCAGUUGCCCGUAUCUUCCUACCAAUCUGCUGAAGAAGCUCAGAGGAUCUUCCUCUUCCUCCUCUUUGGAUGGUAAAUCAGGUUACUUGGAAAUGGAAGAAGGUAUUAGGCAGUCCAUUUGUGUGAAGGAGAAAGGUUGUCAGGGUAAAGGCAAUGGUAAUAGUAUACAUAUAUCAAGAAAAAACUUUAUAAAGUCAAAAUCUGUUGAAACUGAUGUGUGAUUUGCAUUUUCUGGACCCUUUGGGGAAGAAAGGAAGCAAUAAACUAAAAGGUAGCCUACUGUUUUAAUUCCAGGAUGAACAAAAUUUUCAUAAGUGAAAUUGUAUUCACAUCUGCUGUCUGAUAAGCAGAUGCUGACUUCAGACAUCGGAUAUUUUUGUCUGGGAGACUUUAGGAUGUAGCAAUACAUAUUGCAAUGGUUGAGUUCUUUAUGACAGCAGUUUCUUCUUCAAACUGAAUUAUAGAGCUAUCUUGAAAUCAGUGGAAUUCCAAAUGCGAUGCUUAUAUUAACGUGAUAAAUAAAUGCACUGCAGUAAACAUAAUCAUUUACUCAGCUAUUCAUGGACAUAUAUUUAUGAUUUUUUAAAGUUACAAGUCUUUAUGUUUUGCCAGCAAUUAAAUGCCAAAAAGAAAGUUUAAAAAAGGAAAGAAAGAAAAACUCAAAAUGGGUAACAGUAAAAGACAUGCAAAUGAUUACAUUGUAACAGCAUUUCUGAAUUCUGGUUAUGGAUGUAACUUAUGUUUUAUCCCAAAGUAUUUAUAACAUCUUAGGAAUUUUUCAAUUAAAACAUUUUAAGCUGCUGAAUUUAUGUUAACCAUUGUGUAUGGUGGGAAAAGUAUGUCGGUAAAUUUUCUUGUCGAAGUGUACCAUGUUGAGUAAUCACUCACACAUACUAUGCACUGUUUAAAAAAAAAAUGCAACAUGUUAAAUAACAGGAUCCUUGCACAGUAACAUAGGAAGGAUUAAGGUGUAAUAGGUCCAUGAUUUCGGCACUUUAUACUGCUGCAGCAGCAGGGCAGAAUAUGUAUGAUAUCCAAAAUGCACUAUACUACACGUAUUUACUGUGAAUGUGGACUGGUGUAGAUGACAAUCACUUUAGGUUACAGACUCAACUUUGCAUCUGUGGUACUGUAAUGCAGAAUACUGAGCUGCUUUUGGACAUUUGAUUGAAGAAUCUUGACUAUACUACCUAGAUUUUGAGUUACUUAUCUUAGGUAUAGUGUGCUUUGACUGUGAAAGUAAAUUUCAGUUAACAGUAUACCUGUAUCAUUGGGUCCACCCAUUUAUGUGGUCAUGAGUAUUAUUUAAACAUGGAAACAUCAGGAUUUCCAGUGUUCUCAUUAUAGCAUAAAUAAUAGAACCAGUACUCUUUUUAAUGUAUUGUUUUAUUUAUUUAUUUGGUUAAAGCACUAUUAUUGAUGCAUAAACUACAGAUCUGCACUUGGUAUUAUCAAGGCCUUUUCUGUCUUGAAUUUGGCUAGGUUGCUUGUCUGUCUAACUUCCAAAUAGGGACCAUUCAGACAUUUGCUCCUAUUUCUGGUCAUAUAAUUAUGUAUUUUUUCAAAGUGAUUAAAUUAAUUUAGCUUAUUUCUGGAAAUGUCAUAAUUUAUAGUAAGGUUAUCAGCAGCUGUAAGAAUGUAGUCUGAAACUGGGAACUCUGAAAAAAUAUAAUGAUAUAUAAAUUUGGUUGAUUCAGCACA